AUGCCCGCAGCAGCAACAGCAGCAGCAGCAGCAGCAAGAGCUGCUGCUCGUGCAGCAGCAAGCAGCAGCAGCAUUUGCAGCAGCAGCAGCAGCAGCAGAAUAUUUGGUUUUCGUGGUGUUGUGUCUGGGGGUUCAUAUUUCUUGAAUAAGGGUGUGUCUCCGCUGCAGCAGCAGCUGCAGCAGCAGCAGCAGCAGCAGCAGCAGCAGCUGCAGCAGCAGCAGCAGCAGCGGGCUUUCAGCACCGCAGCAGCUUUUGACUCUCUUUCUGCUAUUAUUCAGAAGGAAAUAGCUCAUGAGAAGUCGCAAUAUGAAGAAGACAAACAAAUUGCUGAGUUUUUAAGUAAAAACAGCUGGAAGCUUCAGGAAAAAGAUAAUGAUGUUCUCGUUACACUAACUAAAGAAGUCGAUGGUCGGAAGGUAACAGUAGAGUUCUCAUGCAUGCAGCCGAGCGGCGGCGAAGAAGAAGAGGGUCUACAGGAGACAGCUGACUUUACUGUCUCCAUUGAAAAUGCACAGGGCAGCGGUCUACUCUUUUAUUGCUCGACAUCUUCAGAUGAAGAUACACCCGGCUCAGCCUUCUGCAUUGGACAGGUCGCCUAUACACUCAACGCAUGCACUGCCUAG